AUGUCGGAGGGGGGUAAGAGACAAAUGACGGAUCAACCGUCAGACAGGUCGUCCAAGAGAAGAAAGGGAGGUGACAAUUGGAGGAAACUGAUGGCUGGACAGAGUGGCCGAAUCGGCAUCGAGAGUGGUGACUCAGGUGUCUUUGUGACUUGUGAUAUGGGCAGAGAGAGCAAGUGUCUUGCCGAAGCUCUCGACCUCUUCACUCAGAGCGUUGAAGCAUCUAAAGGCGACCAAGGAUCGCCUAACGAGUCGGAAGAUGAUGGCGGCGAUGACAUUGAAGCGCAGAUCAAGAAAGAGGUGGAAAGUCUGCAACCAAAAUCAGCCACUCCUCGGCUCUUUCAACCCAUCAAGUUGGACGUCCCCUGUGUGACCUUUAUUCGGGUUGAUAAAUCUAUAGAUCCUGUUCAGCUGGUCCACGGGCUUUGUCUGGAUGCGCAAGCGAACCCUGACCAGAAAAAAAGCCGUUGGGUUAAGCGAAUGACACCAGUCACCUCGAUUCGAAAGACGCUCAGUGUCAAUUUGUCCGAGUUCGCUAAAGAGAUCCUCAAACCCCAUUUCCAUGAAGGAAAUGGGCCGAAGAAGUACGCUAUCCGUCCCACUAUAAGGAACAAUACGGAUUUCAACAGGGAUAUCAUCAUCAAAACUGUGGCGGAUGCAGUCGGCCCAGAACACCGUGUCGAUCUCAAAAACUAUGACUUGAUGAUUUUGGUUGACGUUCUUCAGAACGUUAUUGGAAUGAGCGUGGUCGGGAGCGAUUAUGACAAACUGAAGCGGUUCAACCUAGCUGAGCUUUACAGUCCAACGCCAAAGCCGCAGGCUUCUCGACAACCAGAAGCUUAA